AUGCGCGCCGGCGCCGGCGCCGCUGGCAACGAGGAUUACGCCGAGCUGGCGGACCUGUCGGGCGGUCACUAUGGUCGCACGACGUACGGCCGUACAGGCGGAGGAAGAGGCGGUGGACGGCAACCGAUGGCGGCUGAAGCCGAGGACGUGCUGGGCCCCACCAACGGCAGUCCAAGGAGCUAUUCGAGAAGCCGCUCGGGGUUGUACUAUUCCCCUCCGGGCACUUCGUAUACUAUUGUCGAAAGACCUAGCUCUGUGAUGCACCACCAUUCUCCUAGAGAAUACAACUAUAAUUCACUAACUAGUCCUAGAGGUACUUACUUGGGUUCCAACCCGAACUUCAGCACGACCUCGGGACGUACUCCUGCUGCUUCCAAUAACAAAAAGCGCCCCAUUUCCCCGGAGCAGGUGCUCAGGCUGUUCGGUAGUAAUAAUCCUUCCUCGUCCGUGGUGAAAACGGGCGCCGAUAGACCCAGGAGAUCGCCGGCGAGCAGCCCGCCCUCGACGGCACAUCACGUCAACAGAGAGGCGAACUACAGACCUCCCCAUCUGCCCAAUAUACACGAACUGACCACAAGAACGGUGACGAUGGUCAGGGAACCUCAGGAACCCGGUUUCGGGAUAUGCGUUAAAGGAGGCAAAGAAGCAGGUGUCGGAGUGUACAUUUCCCGGAUAGAAGAAGGCAGCGUCGCCGAAAGGGCCGGUCUCAGGCCGGGCGACUCCAUUCUGGAAGUCAACGGAACCCCUUUUACUGGAAUAUCGCACGAAGAAGCUCUCAAAAUGUUGAAAUCGUGUAGAAAUUUAAGCAUGACGGUGCGAUCGCCGAAUUUGCCGGGAGGUCGCGUGGGUUUUGGCGGAGGCGCGCCCUGGCAGAUGCGCCAGACUUGCUCUUGGAUGGACAGGUACGGAAGGCCGGUGUCGCCGCCAAUGGAAUACGCUCGAAGCGGCCCCGUGCCCGCCCAGAGGUACGGCUAUGGCAGGUCGUCCAGCAAAGACAGGAGCGUACGAAGGGUCGACCUCUGCAUCGAGCCUGGCCAAAGCCUGGGACUAAUGAUUCGCGGAGGCGUCGAAUACAAUUUGGGAAUCUUCAUCACCGGCGUUGACAAGGACUCGGUCGCUGACAGGGCUGGAUUGAUGGUCGGCGAUCAAAUAUUAGAGGUAAACGGCCAAUCGUUCAUGGACGUAACACACGAUGAAGCCGUGGCUCAAUUGAAGUACCACAAGCGAAUGUCGCUUGUUGUCAGGGACGUCGGGAAGGUCCCGCAUUCUUGCACUGCCUAUGAUAGAGACUGGGACCUAUGCAGUCCGGGGAGUAGGGCUGCGGCGACAACUCGGAAAUGGGCGGCGGCUCUCCAGAUGGUAGAGGAAAAAGCUCGGAUCCUCCUGACUCGUCCGGAGUUUACCACCCUCUGCUAUUACACGGACGAGUACGCAGCCAGAAAUAUGACCAUAGAUGCCUUUGUACAAGUCAUGACUGAACUUCUUAACACCCCCGAGAAGUAUACCCUUAUGACCGAAUUAAGAGAAAUAGUAGCCAUCGACGACCGCGUAAAGUUCGAUGAAUUAGUUUAUAGAAGGGAGACUGACCUUUCGAGGUUUAGAGAAUCUAGGGAAACCGAUUAUAGACAUUCAAGGCGGAAAGGAGUGCCCAUCCCUGAUUCGAAUAACGCCAUAUAUUCCGGAUACGAGGAAUACGGAGAAAUACAACCACCGAGUAUAAAUAUUCAAAACGAGGGUGAAUACCAUCGUUCUCCGAGCGAAGAUUCAGGUUUAGGACUGGGAGUUGCCGACAAACAUAUAAGCAUUCGUCCAGCUAGUGCUACCGGAAAACUAAAUGACGACGAUCACCGAAACCAGGAAUACGCGAGUGGCGACGAGGAUAAUCCUCCGGGAAGGAGGAGCAGGCGGCACUCAAGUCCGGGCGAAUCGCGGACCGGGAGCACGACGGCCUUACACCAACAGGAUUACCCCGAUUCCGCAGAGCGGGUACCUCGGCGGCCUGCGGUCUAGCUUGGGCGGGUGGACGCAAAAAGUCAAGUCUUGGUACUGGGGCACACCUCUUGAGCUGGCUCACAAGCUAUCGCGCAGCUUCGACAUGAAGGACGAGCAGGGCCUCCUCGAGGGCGAGGGCGGCAUGAGGCGGCACCAGUCGAUGCAGAGGCUGACGAGGGACGGCGCCCCGGAGCACCGCGACCCCGCCAAAGUGGUCUACGACGAGCAAGGUAAUCUGAGGAUAACGGUCAAAAAGACGAAACCCAUAUUAGGAAUCGCUAUCGAAGGAGGGGCCAACACCAAGCACCCCCUACCCAGGAUAAUCAAUAUAAACGAAAACGGAUCCGCAUUCUACGCGGGCGGCCUGGAAGUGGGCCAGCUGAUCCUGCAGGUGGACGGCACCCGCGUGGAGGGUCUGCAACACCAAGACGUGGCUCGGCUGAUAGCGGAGUGCUUCGCGCGCCGAGACCGCGAAGAAAUCGAGUUCCUGGUAGUGGAGGCGAAGAAGAGCAACAUGGAGCCGAAACCGACCUCGUUGAUCUUCCUCGAAGCUUAA